UCUCUAUAUUCCCCUUUCAGUCUUUUCCCUCUCCCGCCCCUCCUACUUUCACUCUCUAUCUCUCAUGUAAGUGACAAUGACAUUAUGAUCCAUGAUUAAGUGUCAGUUGUUGAACCUUAUACUCACUUUGUAAAUGGCUCAGUACGAUACUCAAUAUGAUACACACGCCAACCUUUCCUCGAUUCUCCAACAAUGGUAGAGCUGCUCUUUUAGCUUGGAUCUACAGUCUACCGAUAAAAUCUUAGAAUGAAGUACUUUCAACACGUUAACCAGAAUACCACCUAGAGCCCAUCAGGAGGUUUUUUUAGGAGAGUAUAAAUGGCUCUUCCUAGAAUAUCUUUGGAUGUACCUCGACAGACAGAGAAUCCUACCAUGACAGGGUCAGUGGAUACAUGUACAUUAUCUUAUUCGCAACAACCAACAUCCUGGUUGGACAUCGUUACGGUGACCCUUUGGAUUAUUAUCAUGGUGAUAGGUAUCAGUGUUAACAGCUUAAUUCUCCUGGCCAUUGUCGUGUCCAAGAGUUUACAAACAAGGAGCAAUAUUCUUGUCAUCAAUGUUCUUCUUGCGGACCUUGUGAUUUGUUUCCUGUUGCCUCUCCAGUCUGCAACGCUUCUUAUUGUAGAUACCGACGAUGAGGGCGCACUCUCGAACUAUAUGUGCGCUGGUGUUGCAACCCUUACCAAUAUGUGUCUCUGGAUCAGGAUGGUAACGUUUGGAGUGUUGUCUCACCAGCAAUGGAAGCAACACACAAAGUCAAGAUCUUUUUGGGCCAGUAUCCACAAGCGAAAAAGACCUUUCAUAAUCGCAUCCCUAUUAUGGAUGUGUAUUUUCUUAAUCAUUUACAUUCCAAAUAUUACAGAUUCAAUUAAUCUAGGAUAUUCAAGCAGGAUAAAACUUUGUGUUUUGGAAGGUUGCAAUCAUAGUCGACUUAUUAUCAGGAUUAUAAUGCCCAUUCUCUGGCUACUCACAGUACUUUUCUCCUCACGGCAUUUCUACAAAAUCCAUAUAUUUGAGAAAAAUCGUCGAAAAAAUAAGUUUGUUCCUCGGAAAAAGAGAAGACCUAACCCCCGAAGAGACCCAGGAGCAUACAUGACCCCUAGUUCACCUUUUGAAGAAGUUCAGCAAGCUCGUCCAAUGACUAGUUUCAAAAAGGAUAAAGGAAAACACAAGAAGCAGUGUAAUCAAUCACAAAUGAACCAAGAAAAAGUUUCAAAAUUACCAAAGUUUUUAGAUUUUUCAAGUGGAAAGAGAAACAAGAAUAAAUCAGACAAUGCAACAAUGCUUGGAAAUAAAAGAGAAAAUUGUUUGCCCCACAAGACAGAUGAUAUAAAAACAAUUAGCAAAGAAUUGAAAAUGAUGUUCUCUCUGGAGCAAGAGGACACUAUUAAGCCUUCCGUUAUACGUAAAAACAGUGAAAACAGAGAGGGCUUAGCCAGGAGUAAUGUUGACAAUGAAAAGAACGAAAACCAGAAUAGAAAUAGCGUGAAAAUGAGAGUCAAGUUAGGCAGCUUUGCGAAAAGGUUGCACUGGAAGAAAGCAAGCACAGAGACAAUGAUUAGCAAUACCAGUCAUGAAGAUGUUGCUGAAUUUAAUGAUGUGCGUGAUGAUGAUUGUGACGAUGAUGAUGGCACGAUUGAUGGAAUGGCCCAAACUGGAGAAACGUAUGAUUUCACAUCAAGGAAUGUAUAUUCAUCUCCGAAUUAUAAUGAAAACAAAAAACGUACGCCUGAUGGGAAGUAUUCUGUACCAUACUCUUACGAACUCCAACCGAUAGGAUCUUCAAUGAUAUCAUCUGAAGGCAUUUCUUGGAGAAAAUCAUCACCUUGCGCAUUCGUGUUAUCAGUUUCUCAGCUGCUCUCCAUCCUAACCCUCCUCUAUCUUGUAUUUAUUAUUCCUAAACUAAUCUGUAUGAUUCUAACUUGUUAUCCACCAUUCCUCUAUAAAAUGGCAGAGACACUUUAUUAUUCCAUUAGUGCCCUAAACCCACUCCUUAUUGCUCUGAAGCAUAGGAAAUUUAAUCAGGUUAUUGAUUGUCUGAUAAACAGAAAAUGGACAUCCGUACCAGAGCCAUCCUAUUUAAUAGUAAGACUUUGCAAAAUAGAGAAAAAUAUCAGUGAUUGUGGGGAUUGCCAGCUUUGAUUCUCGCCUGAAGACAACAGUUAUACACAGCAAAAAUUGUGGUGUUAACCGGUGUAAA